AAUUUACAGAAUCAGAGAAGAUGGAAAUUUUGUGUCAGGUUAAGCAAGCUGUCCUGGGUGCUCAUGGUGUGGAUGCGCAAGUUGCAGGAAUCAGUUUUCUAGAAUCCUUGGUAUAUGAAUUUUCACCAUCAACUUCAACUGCCUUGGGCCUUCCUAGAGAGUUUCAUGAGCAAUGUCACCUGUCAUUCGAAUUAACCUGUUUGAAGGAAUUUUAUUGUUGGGCCAAAGAUGCUGCAAUUAGCUUGACUGAUAAAAUAGUUAGCUGCAAUGCAAGUUUUAAUGAGGAGAAAAUUUGCUCUUCAGCAAUGCGCCUUAUGUUUCAAAUUUUGAGUUGGAAUUUUAGACAAUCUACUGUUCCUCCAGACCUUUCCAACUUUAAACCAAAUGCAUUUUCAGCUGGAAUCAGGCAUGAAGCCACAUUGCUGAAGAAGUUUGAGCGAACUUUGGUGCAGCCAGGACUUUCUUGGCGUGAGCCCUUAAUAUCUAGUGGACAGAUUGCUUGGGUCCUGAAUCUUUAUGCAACACUACGGCAAAAACUUUCAGCUGAUGUGAUAUGGUUUGAUUCUCCUCUUGCAGUCUCUACUAGAGAACUUAUUUUACAGCUAUGCUCAUUGACAGGGACAGUGUUUCCUUCUGGUAACAUGUUUUGCCAUCUUUUUGUUUGUUUAAAUUCUUCACCUUUAUAUAUGACUAAUUUCUCAACUUUGAAUUGCAUCAUUUUAUUACUUACUUUUUGAGAUUGGACUGAUUCA